CGUAUUUCGUACUUCGUACUUCAGAAGUACGGAGAAGUACAAAAAAGUACGAAGAAGUACGAAGAAGUAUCAAGAAGUACGGAGAAGUACCAGAAGUACAGAAGUAUGCUUUUUCCCCCUUGUAUCCAUAUCUGAAAUUGAAUUUCUCGCUAAGACAUAUUUCUUCAAGAAAAAAUGUUGUUUAAGAGUGAUUUUGAAAUUGAUUAUUCUUCUUUUAUGUUUUUCUGAAUCAAGUCUACAUCAACAGUUGUUCUUUCGUGCCACUUCGCUCAUAGGUAUCUACGGAUACGAUUCUCUUAUGGCGUUCAUAAAUAAACCUAUCUAACAAACUUCAUAUGGACACAAAUUUAAUUUGUGUUUUCAUUUAAUAAAUGAAAAUAUGACAUCAGGCACCAAUGAUUCAGUUUCAGAAGGUAUUCAAAUGUAGUGGGCGACUAACAUAGUUUGAACUAUUUCUUUGCGACAUGAUUUAGUCCCCAGAACGUAUACUUGAGAAACAGUGAAUAAUCCUCUAACGAGAUCAGAUAGCAAACUGGUUCGUAUCCAAGACUACUAGAAUUCUGUAACCAAGUUAGAUGCUUUUUAUGUAUAGCAGAUUUUCUGGAACUUACAUUGAACUUUUUGCCUUAUAAUAAGCAACAAGCCAGACGGUAUUAAAUGAACAUAGAGAGGCUUCAGAAGUAGGUGAAAAAUAAUCUCCUGCUCGUGAACUACGUAAAUAUUUGAACUCUAAAUCUUGUCUAUAACAGGUGACGAACAGGUUAUUGAUAGUGAAUUAUGUUUUAUAUAAUAAAUCUAAUCACUAUUUAGGCAAGGAAGAGACCACCAAGUUAGACCAUUUCUUAGUUUCACUUUUUGUUUACUUUCAUUGUAUGGCACAAUAACAUUCGAAAACAUUACUCAAAUGCAAUAAAAUUCUACUUUUCCAUUUUAUCUCGUCUCCUCUAGGUGUUAACAUAUUAUCAUAUAAUAUUUAUAUGAGACCAAUUCAACUGUUUCUAAAUGAUCAAUUAAUACGUGCAAAACUAAUCCCAAGUUAUGUGCGAGAGUAUGAUAUUAUUAUAUUUCAAGAAGCAUUUGAUGGAAAAGCAAGACAAUUAAUCGAUAAUAAUCUAGCUAGUUCACAUCCAUAUCGAACAAAGCCUAUUUGA